GAGCUCAGGCCAUGCCUCUAAUGAAAAGCGCAGCGGUCAGGGCAGCAUACCUAUGAACUCGAGCAGUCAGAGGGCAGCGCGUGCGGCUGGAGCUCUGAUGAAAACGGGCACUGAAGGACGCAGAAGUAGUUUACAACGGGACGCUGCGAGUCAAAAAGGCAGACUGACCAAGUGUGUGUGACGCUCAUCUGAGCCUGCUGUUCCUGCUCCUGACCAGUGCGUGCAAGUGUGUGUAGCGAUGCCUCCAGCAAUAGGUGGUCCAGUGGGUUACACACCCCCAGAGGGUGGCUGGGGUUGGGCUGUGGUGGCUGGAGCCUUCAUCAGCAUCGGCUUCUCCUACGCCUUCCCCAAAUCAAUCACGGUCUUCUUCAAAGAGAUUGAGCAAAUCUUCAAUGCCACAAGCAGUGAGGUCUCUUGGAUCUCCUCCAUCAUGCUGGCUGUCAUGUAUGCAGGAGGACCAAUCAGCAGUAUCCUGGUGAACAAGUUUGGCAGUCGACCAAUCAUGAUAGUUGGAGGCUGUCUGGCUGGCACAGGAUUGGUCUCUGCGUCCUUCUGUAACACUGUGUCGGGACUGUACUUUUGUGUGGGAGUGAUAGGAGGUCUGGGUUUGGCGUUUAAUUUAAAUCCAGCCCUGACGAUGAUUGGUAAAUACUUCUACAAGCGGCGUCCAAUUGCUAACGGCAUUGCAAUGGCUGGCAGCCCUGUGUUCCUGUCCACGUUGGCGCCACUGAACAGUUGGCUGUAUGACCAGUUUGGCUGGAGGGGAAGCUUCCUGAUCCUGGGUGGUGCUCUACUCAACUGCUGUGUGGCUGGCUCCUUAAUGCGGCCCAUCGGGCCUAAGCCACAGCCGCCGAAAGCCAAUGCGGAGGAGGAUGGAGGACCCAAAGGCAGUCAACAAAAAACAGUGAUGGAGACCAUAAAUAGCUUCAUUGACUUGAGCCUCUUCACGCACCGUGGGUUUUUGCUGUACCUAUUAGGCAAUGUCAUCAUGUUCUUCGGCCUGUUUGCCCCACUUGUCUUCCUCAGCAACUAUGCCAAGAGUAUUGACAUUGGGAAGGAAAAAGCUGCCUUCCUUCUGUCCAUACUAGCCUUUACAGACAUGGUUGCACGGCCCUCGAUGGGACUGGUGGCCAACACGCGAUGGGUCCGGCCACGGGUCCAGUAUUUCUUUGCUGCUUCCGUGCUCUAUAACGGUGUUUGUCACUUGAUGGCCCCGCUCUCAGUGGACUAUGUAGGGUUUGCUGUGUACGCAGUGUUUUUUGGUUUUGCGUUUGGUUGGCUGAGCUCUGUGCUCUUCGAGACGCUUAUGGACUUGGUGGGAGCGCAGAGGUUCUCCAGUGCUGUGGGGCUCGUUACCAUAGUGGAAUGUCUACCUGUACUGCUUGGACCCCCGCAACUGGGCAAGUUGAAUGACAUUUACCAUGACUACAAAUACACCUACCAGGCCUGCGGCAUCAUCCUGGUCAUAGCCAGUGUGUUCCUAUUUGUGGGCAUGGGGAUCAACUACCGUAUGCUGGACCGAGAGCGGAAGGAGGAGGAGAAGAAAGCUGGCCUGGAAGCCAGGGAUGAAGAGACCAACAUCGACAAUGCCAUCAAGGGGAAGGAAGCAGAGAAUGAUGUGUCUACUCCACUCACACAAGCAGACUUGGCCAAAAUGGAUGAGGACGCUGUAUAACAUGCAUCUAUAUGUGCACACCCCUUCACACUCGCACAUACCUGAUGACCAGCGUUGUCUUCCAAUUGACCGUCCGCAAAUAAAUAAAAAUAAGCCAAGGACAAAUUUGUACUGGAGUAAGAAACAUGUAAAGCUUCAAUCAGCCACA